AUGGUGAUUGUGGAGCGUGGCCAGAGUCAGAGUUAGGCGUAUAAAAGGCCCGUCGACCCAGCCUAAGUCAGUCAUUCACCGCACUACCAGUCCACCACACACAAACCAAACAUGAAGGCCUUUAUUGUGCUCGCUUGUCUCGCCGUUGCAUCGGCUUAUCCCGGAGGACACACCGGAUAUGGAGGUUAUGGACAUGGAGGUUAUGGACAUGGCCUCAGUGGUGGUCUUGCCGCUGGAGCUGGUACCGCACACUCCCUCCAAGGUGGUGCAUCUAGCUUGGGAUCCGGUGGUCUUGGUGCCAGCUAUGCUGCUGGUGCUGCUGCUGCCGCUGGUGCCGCAGGAGUACAACAAGUAGUAUCCGGUGGAGUUCUCGGUGGAAGGUCCGACAUUGGACCCGCUGAAGGACCAAAAGCCAACGUUGGACCCCAAACUGGACCAUCAGACCUUGUUGGACCCCAAGAAGGAGCUAAAUCCAUUGGUGGACCACGUACCGGACCAUCCAGUCUUGUUGGACCAGCUGCUGGACCAUCCACCCUUGUAGGACCAUCCCAAGGAACUGCCACCCUUGUUGGACCAUCCCAAGCCACCGCUAACCUCGUUGGACCCAGCUAUGGAGGUGUUGCCUUCUACGCCGGUGCCGGUGGAAUCAACGGUGAUGACGGUAGCUCUGGCUCCGCCGCCGCUGCUGCUCCAGGAGGUGGAUUCGGUGGUCUUGGAGGUGCUGGUGCCAUCGCCGUCAUUGGAGGAGGUCCAGGAAUCGCUGGAGGAAUUGGUGGACAUGAUGCCGGAGUUGCUGUGAUCAAUGGACCAUCUGGCGCCAUCCACGCCGGACUUGGCUCCCAUGGAGCUAUCAUCCCCCAUGGAAAAUGGUAGACGAAACAACAUCUCAGCGAUCUCGGCACGGCGACGGCGGCAAACCCACCACAGUUUUACCGGUCAAAGAACUUCAAACGCGCUCAACGUCUUCUUCACCACCCCACCAAAGUUUUUUCUCUCACAUUAUAAAUUCACAAAUACACCUUGAAGUAUAAGUCCAGUGAAUAUAGUCAAGUGACUAAUUCAAUAGACAAAAGAAAAAAAACGGCCAGUGGAAUAGAAGAAAAAUCUAAUCGCUCCUUUUUAAAAUUCUGACAAAAAAUAUCAUCGGAUUAUCAACCGCGAUCCUUGCCCGAUACUUUUCGGGCAAUUUGGAAUCCAGGAAAUUUAGUCAAUUCCCGCUCAUCCUGAGUCCGCGGAGAGUUAAUCAAUUGUCAGAAAUUUUGGACGAUUAUUAAUUUCGACAAUUCCAUUUUGUGCUCCAAUUAUAUCAUCAUUUGGUUCGACGGUGUUAAUUUGUGGAAAAAAAACUUUGGCGCUUUACACACGGAGUAUGAAAACAACUGGGAUUUAUUCUGUUUUCUGAAUAUCCUGUGUUGUUUUCUACUCUCUCUCUUUUCACACUUACGUUUCUUUUUACCAUCUUUUCGUAAGUCGCCGCUCUCACGCACAUUAUUAUAUAUUUUUAUUUUUUUUUUUUAUUCCCACCACCCCUCGAGAUGGGGCACAUGGUGCUUGCGCCACGUGCCUCACGUUGUUAUACUCACUGCCGCACCCAAGCAUACAUUAUAUUAUCACAUACUCGUCCAUGCGCAUAUAUGUCUUCUUUAUAUAUAUAUAUAUAAAUAGGUAUAUAUUUUUUAUAUGUACUUUCUUCUACUACUUCUUCUUCUUCACAAAUUAUAUAUAUAUAUAUAUACCAUACACAUUUACAAAAAAUAUACCAUAUGUGUAUAAUCGUUUAUUCGUAUAUAUAUAUAUAUAAAAUGCAAAUACAUGUACUCGUGUUUAUUGUUAGUGAAGGAGACCGGUAGAUUAUGGUAGGUCAGCCGUUCCCCUGAGUGAAUGAAUGUACAUAGAUGGCGCGCCGCCGCCGGCCCCCGACCCCGCCCGCCCUCGUCAUACCCUUUCUUUUGCGAUCACGACUAGCACCCCACCAGCCACCAUAGAUAGAUACCACGUAUUUAUAGCGUUUAUACAUUUAUACAAUACUUUAUAUAAAAUAAAGCAUCAGUAUUUAAAACUCA